AUGAAGAGCAAGACGGUUAUUGUACCUAAUCAGCAUGUAUUGAUUCGUUUACCUUCUGAAGGUUUGAAAAUUGUGGAAUUACGUGAAUCAGGUAUAAUUGGAUUGGGUAAAUUUGGAUCAUUUGAAGUGAAUGGAAUCUUGGGAUAUCCAUUUGGACAAACCUUUGAAAUUGUCGAAAAUCAACAAGUGAAAGCCAUUAAGAGUAUGCAACAUGACGUAGAAGAAGACGAACCAGAAGCGGAUGUUGAGUCUUUGAAUCAAGAAGAAUUAACCAAAUUGCUUUCUAAUAGUUCUGAAAAUAACCAAAAUAUAAUUGAUAUCGGAUCCAAGAUUCAAAAGUUGACUAAUGAGGAUAUUGACGAAUUAAAACGAUCAGGAGCCACUUCGAAAAUUGGUCAAAAGAUUAUAGAACAGAUGAUAGCUGGCCAUGAAGGUUUUGAUAAAAAAACAAUCUUCUCUCAACAGAAAUACCUCAAGAGAAAACAACAAAAGUUCUUAAGAAGGUUCACAGUUGAAUAUCUUGGUGGGAACGAAUUGCUUCAAUACUAUAUCGAACGUGAUUUACCUAGAGUGCUUGACUUAAGUGAAGAAUCUUUAGGGUUGAUCUUGACCUACGCAAAUGUAAGACCAGGUGGGAAAUACCUUUUGAUUGAUGAGACUGGGGGUUGUGUAUUAUAUGCCAUGAUGGAAAGAAUGGCUGGAGAGGGGACAAUUGUAUUAGCCCAUGAGAAUGAACACGCUAAUAUUAUUGCAUUGAGGCAUUCUGGAUAUUCCGAAGAAUAUAAAUCCAAAAUGAUCAAAACCAUAAAUUGGCUUCAGUUUUUAGAACCAGAGAAUGAAAAGAUAAUAUGGGAGGAUUUAUCCCCAGAAGAAGUUGAAGCUAUGAAAGGGUCCAAGAAGGAACAAUAUACAAGACGUCGUGAACGUGCCAAUGCCAUAAACGAAGUCAUCCUGUUAGUGGAAGAAGGUAAUUUCGAUGCACUCAUCUCUGUGUCAACAUUGCAUAUGACUACUUUACUUCCAAGAAUUGUUGAUAGAAUUGGGGGAUCAAGACCAGUUGUGAUAUACAACCAAUAUAAAGAGCUCUUGUUGGAAACGCAACAUAUGCUUUCUUCGGAUAAGAGAGUAUUGGCCCCAUCUAUAUUUGAAACCAGAGUAAGACCAUAUCAAACCAUUCCAGGAAGAAUGCAUCCUUUGAUGACUAUGAGAGGUGGAGGUGGAUAUGUCUUAUGGGGAACCAAGGUAAUUCCUCAAGAAGGUAUUACUGCUAUUGGAAGAGGCUUGAGUAAAAAGAAAAGGGAAGCAACUCCCACGCCUCCUGUGAAGCAGGAAUCUCCAGAAACUACACAAGAUGAAGUAGUAGAGGAUACACCAAUGGCUGAAGCAUAG